CUCCUCCAUCCAUCCACCCACCGCAUGUGAUGAGUACCAUACGCGUGAGGCAGGUAUGUACAAGUCCAGUAGUACUGUUGUGUCUUCACUCCACUCACAAUCAGUCAUUCAAAGGCCAGUCCGCCCCCAGUUCAGUCAGGUACACCCGCCACUACAAAAGCAGACCUCCCUCUGUCUUGUCUAAGCCUUCUCAGCCUUCUCGAGGAAUAUCAUCUGGCCGCCCUCCACCAGAUCCUCGUCAAUGAUGGCCGAACCCUCAUUGAACUGCGCCUGGUCAGUGAUGCCAUGCGCCUGCACGUUGAACAAGAAAAGCGUCCCGGGCUUCUCGUCGAACAGCUCAGACACGUCCAGAAUGCCGCUGCUCUCCCAUUCACCAGCGUCGCCGGCGUCCACAUCGACAGCGUCGGUCGGGUUGGCAAUGCUCGCAUCAAGCACAACGUCGCGGUCAAUGUUCGCCACACGGAGAAGCGCGGGGGCCUUGGUGUGCGGAUCGAUUCGCACAAUUCCGGCUUCAUUCGGGUUUGCGGCGCCCUCACCGAAGAGGGGCUCGCCGGUGAGAGUAGUCUCCUCAGCCUCAUCCUCUUGCACGUAGAUGAAGCCAUCUGCACACACAAAAUGAACAACGAGAUGGAUGGAUAGACAGAAUCAGCAGUGGGUACUCACCGUCAGCCCAGUCCAAGUUGUCAGGCGACCGCAGUCGUCUCUUUUCGUCCGCAUCACCGUCGUACAGGAUCGUCACUCUCGCACUCAGGUCUUUGAAGUCAGUCUUUAUGAUGUACACAGUACCUGCACACGUGCAGCCAUUGUGGGUGGGAACAGACAGUAAAAGCAAAAUCCUCAUGGAUGUGCCUCUGUGUGUGUAUACUCGCUUACCGAAGGUAUCAGCCCCGUUGCCAGUCUCUUUCGUCGAUGGCGUACGUGUCCACACCCGUCGAAGCAAACACAGCCUCCUUCCCGUCCUUGGGAUUGGUGGCCACAUCCUCGGGCCGGGAGAAGCCGAAGGCCCCCAGAUCCUCAGCUCUUGUCCACAACGUCCUCUGUGUGGGGUAGCUGAACUGAUCAAACGAGACACGCCGCACAUCCAUCCACCCAGAGGGCAGCAGGAGACGCUUGUCGAGCGAGCAGCGCAUGUGUGAUGUUCGGUCGCUGACCUGGUCGAAUCCCGUGCUGCCAUCGUCUGACUUGAGGGCCUCGUCCUCUGUAGUGCUGUUGUCGAUCUCCACCCAUUUGCCCUUCCGUGAUCCCGACCCUCGGAAGUCGAGAGGCGUCCUGUCGCCAGUGUCAGACACCCACACGUACAGCUUGCCACCACGGAGGCCGUUCCUGGAGAGGAAAUCGCCCGCCGGAUCUUUCACUCCAAUGUACAAAUACGCCGGGGCUGCUUCGGUUUCAUUGUCCCCUGCCAUCUGGUUGGCGUCGAAAUCGUCCGCAUCGAAAGGCGCGCUGUCGUCCAUGAGAAUCAAUGCCACUUUUUCCUUAUCCCCAGUGUCCAACUCAGCCUGCAACAACACAGAGACGCAACCAAAGGCAACCACAAGGGCGUCCAGGAGUGGGGACCCCUUCCACAUGGACACGAGCAAUUGCCAGUGCUCUGCUCACCACAUUUUCCCAUGCGCCGCGUCCAAGAGCUGCAUCAAACAAAAAGACAUGCAGAGGUGUGCACACACACGUCCAUGACAUGAUCGAUCCGAUCCUUGGUGUACACAUAAAGGACUGACUCACCAGGGACCUGCCAGAGGUCCCCUCUCUGAGGGUCGAGAGCCCACAUGGCCCCGCCGACGGUGGAGAAGAAACUGCCGGUCUCCUCGCCGGUGUAGUAGAUACUGUCGACGUGGCCACGGCCGUCUUUGAACUGCUUUGCAGGAACCAGCUGACUGCACGGGGGAUGGGAAAGAAGUGGCGUGCACGUCCUUCCUUGUGUCCCCUGCCUCCUCCCUGGUCAGUGCACUGAUUCACCUGGAGCAGAAGCGAUCGAGGCCUUUGAAUCGCUCGCCCUCAAAGACCUGGAAAAUGCUCGUGUUCUUGGCGAUGUUGCCGUCGGCAUCCUGACACAGGCAGGCAAAGACAGGUCAAGUUUGAUUGUGUACGCGAAUGGUGGGCCAUCUUUCCUACGUAGAUGGUGUUGUAGGCGAUGCCGCCGUCGAGCACCUCUCUGGUGUCCUUGUCGAUGUCAAGGUAUGACACCCUGGCGCCAAUCAGCUUCCAUGUGCCGCCCUGGCCAUCGCUGAGCUCGUAUGGGGUCCCCCGGUCGUUGUUGAUCUCGUGAUUCACAAACACCCGCACGAUGCCAUCUUUCUGCAUGAAGGAGACACAUAUACACAGCCGUCACUCACGGGGCACCACAGACACCAAGAAUCUUUCUUCUCAACACACUACCAGUGUGUAAGCACCGAUGCCGUCAAGAAUGCCUGAGAGAAUACCGUAAGCACCCACACCCUUUCAUCGAUGCCUACUGUCUCUUGGUGAAAUUGAUGCACACACCGGCGGGCUGAUAAGUAGGGAUGUUGGGCUUGAACUUGUUAUACGCCCCUGAGGAGGGAUCGAUCUUCUGGCCUGUGGUGAGCACCACAGGUCCCACCUUGUAGCCCUUUGCAGUAGCUUCUGCCAUCCUGUUGGUAUGCCAUUCAUUUUAACAGCAAGACAAUGACGCUCUCCUCUGGUCUCAUCUUGCGCGGUGGCCUACGGAGGGAAGGUGUCGGGAGGCAUGAGAGCGAGGCGGCUUUUCGCAUCGAGGACAGCCUUCAUCGCAUCGAGCGCGGCCUCCAUGAAGUCAUCUUUAGGGGUGGCGGAAGCGGCAGGGGCUGCCAGGAGCAGUGCCGCGCACACGACGGUCAGCAUCAUGUCCGGGGCUCUGUAAAGGGGAAAAGAAGGAGAACAGAGCAGAGAAAGGCGAGAUAUAACGUAGCGAAAUAUCCAACUCGCCUUCG